AUGGCAACCGAGGCCCUCGAUCACGACGCUUCGAGCGAGAAAACUGUCUCGCCGGAUCACGACAAAUCUGUCGAGGCUGCUGUCCAGAAUCCAGAGAAGGAGCAGGAGAGCAAGGGUGCUGAUCAUGCGCCCGAUAAAGAAGCCAGCGGAGCGCCUCUUGCGCCCACGGGGUCGCAAAACGCUAAGAUGGGCAAGAAACAGAUCGUCGUCGUGAUGACCGCCCUAUGCCUCGCUCUUUUUCUCGCGGCUCUUGACAUGACAAUCGUUUCCACGGCUUUGGUCUCCAUCGCCGCCGAUUUCAAUGCAUCGGCGAGUGGUUAUUCGUGGAUUGCCUCCUCUUACCUGCUGGCCAAUGCGGCUUGUAUCCCGCUCUGGGGUGGCAUCUCUAAUAUCUUUGGCCGGAAGAAGGUCAUUAUCCUAGCGGCGGCCCUGUUUCUUGUGGGCAGUUUGAUUUGCGCCCUGGCUAGAAACCUCCCUAUGAUAUUAUCUGGCAGAUCGAUUCAAGGGAUCGGAUCGGGAGGUAUUAUCAUCCUCUGCAACAUAUGUGUGUCGGAUUUGUUCAGUGUGCGCGAGCGCCCUAUGUAUUUUGGUCUCUUCGGAGCUACUUGGGCUAUUGCUGGUGGCUUGGGCCCCAUUAUUGGCGGUGCCUUUACUACCAGUGUCACCUGGAGAUGGUGCUUCUACCUGAACCUUCCCAUCGGCGGUUUGUCCCUCGUGAUUCUUAUCUUCUUCCUCCACAUUGAGUCCCCAAAGACUCCGUUCUUUGCUGGUCUACGAAGCAUCGACUGGAUCGGAACUUUCCUCAUUAUCGGAGGUACGUUGAUGUUCCUUUUCGGUUUGGAGUUUGGUGGUGUCAACUAUCCGUGGGCUUCGCCUACAGUCAUCUGUCUCAUCGUCUUCGGUGUCGUGACUUGGGGUUUGGCUAUGAUUGUGGAAGCAAAAUUUGCAAAGUUUCCAGUUAUCCCCGCUCGUCUCUUCGGCGAAUGGUACAACGUCCUGGUGCUGCUGAUCUGUUUCUGUCACGGAUUCGUCUUCAUCUCUGGCACUUACUACCUUCCACUCUACUUCCAGACUGUUCUGCUGGCUUCCCCCAUCCUCAGUGGCGUAUACCUCCUGCCGAUGGUGCUCUCUCUGGCAGUCGUUUCUAGUAUGGUUGGUGUGCUCAUGAACAAGACUGGCCGCUACCGGGAGUUUAUCAUGUUCGGUCUCUUCAUGAUGACUCUUGGCUGGGGUCUGUUCAUCGACCUCAAGCCAUAUCCCUCCUGGCCUCGUAUCAUCAUCUACCAGCUGAUCGGCGGUAUUGGCUCCAAUAUUCGGCCAUCAGAUACCGCGACGGCUACUGCUACUUUCGGUUUCGUGCGCCAGUUGUCAACUUCUGUAAGUGUGGUUUUGGGCGAAGUUAUAUAUCAGAACAUCAUGAAGAACCAAUCCGGCAAGCUCAUGGCCGCUCUCGGCCCGGAAUUAACCCAGCAAAUCAGUUCUUCUUUCUCCGGCUCAUCAAAAACCCUUAUUCAAAGCCUGACCGCUUCCCAAAAGAAGGUUGUGCUGGAUGCAUUCACGUUUGCUCUAAGCCGCAUGUGGAUCUUCUACACGGCUGUUGCAGGCGUUGGCCUCGUGCUCUCUUGCUUUGUCCGAGCUCGCGUGCUGAGCAAGACCCACACUAUUCAGAAGACCGGUCUAGCCGAGCAGGAGCGUGCUCGCCAGGAGCUCAUCGCAUCGGAUCGCAAGGAUAAGCCUGACACCGAGGUCUAA